UAGUAGACUUUCGGAAAGCUAUAAAUCCAAAAUACUCUAUAUUUAUAAAUGAUGUCCCAAUCGACUUUGUUGAGGAAUUUAAAUUCCUUGGUAUUUAUAUAUCCAAUGAUAUGAAGUGGCAACGUAACGUGCAAACAAUUGUGAAAAGGGCACAGAAAAGAAUUUAUUUUUUGCGUAGGCGUAAAUCUUUUGGAAUGCAUCCGACUAUUUUGAUGUCUUUUUGUAGAGCAGUAAUUGAAAGCAUUUUAACAUUAUCUAUAACCGUCUGGUUCGGGGGCGCUACCGAAAACGACUUAUAUGCCCUUAACAGAAUCGUCAGGACUGCAACGCAUAUCAUUGGUUUGGAACAAAUGCCUCUGGAAACCAUUUUCCAUGAUCGGCUUCUUAAAAAGGCAGAGGCUAUUAUGGGCGACCAAACUCAUCCUGCCUCAAACCUAUUCCAAUUGAUGUGCAGUGGUCGACGUUUUCGUUCAUUGAAAGCCACUAAGGCUAGAUUCAGGAAUAGCUUCUUUCCUAGAGCAAUUAGGGCUCUAAAUUGUAGACGCAGCGCCAAUGAUGUUGACCAUUCUGCGGUUAUAUGUGAAGUUUCCCCACUGCUCUCUUAUGCAGGAGAGGGGUUGGAGCACAUUGUUAGUAACAAGCGAUUCCAGUCACCUUUGCUACUCACAGAAAAACAUAAAAUGAAUAAAGAAAUUGAGAUUAACUAAGCAAACCCUAUAAUAACCGAAAGGUCCACAGAUUAAUCUCGCAUAAGAAAGUAUAAUACAUACUCCAAGUAUUGAAAUACAUGCCAUCGUGUUGAGAUACACGAUGGCGUGUAUUUCAAUACUUGGAGUA